AUGGCCAAUCAAGUUGUAAUUCUAGCGGUUGUUGUGAUAGUAACUCUUGUAAACUUCAUGAUGUGGAGUGGAACUAAUUAUGGGAGCAACGUUUCCUCUUCUGCUCGAUUGAAUUCGAUUCCUUCUGUGAUCUCAUUUGCUAAUCUCUCUAAAAGAAGUCUCACUGAAAUUGAAAACAAUAUGCAGGAGAUAAAACAAAAGCUGGAAUCGGAAAUGGACAUUUUGAAGGCGUUGAAACUUGGACAACAAGGACCAGGAGAGAGUUUCGAGGCGCAUUUUGAGAAAAUGAAAAACUUCUCCAUUAGCCAAGUGGCUCUCCGAAAGCGAACUUUAGCUUCUAUUUAUAACAAAGAGCAGUACUGGCUACUGUAUGGAGCACUGGGUCCUGAAGUUUUUUGUCCGGAAAAAGUGAGAGUUGGAACUGUUGGAGAUGGUGGGAAAUGGGUUUGUAAUCCGUGGAAAACGCCGAAGGAUAGUGUAAUGAUCUCCUUGGGUCUAAACAACUUGAUCACAUUUGAGGAGGAAUGGCAGAAAAUCACAAAUAAUGUAAAUGUGCUUUAUGGAUAUGAUGCGGCUGAGCAAUCCGAGGUAACCAAAAAAACAUACGCCACAAUCCGAGGGACUUCAAAAAAGGCUACGAUUUCUGUUGGAACCGAUGCUGCAAAAUUCAGAUACACAAUCGAAGAUCUCAUGAAAGAAUCCAAUAUUACGAAUGUGGAAAUUCUGAAAAUCGAUAUCGAAGGAGCCGAGCUGACUUGUCUGAUUCCGUUUUUGAAAAAAUUCCAAGUUUGUCAAAUUUAUCUGGAGGCACAUGGAGGAGCAAAGGAGCAUGCGGACCUUCUUCGACAGAUUGCUCAUCUCAACUACCGUAUCUUUUCCUAUGAGAUCAAUGGUUAUGCAAUGGAAGCUUGCGAGUACAGUUUCAUUCAUGAAUCGUGUGUAGACAAAUAUGGAGCGAUGAGAAUAGCGAAUUUUUUGGAUUUUAAGGCUUAG